AUGCUGGGGGACAGAUACCGUAUCCCAGUGGCAACCGAUAACAAGCCCACCAAGUCUCGUAGCCGUCGCCCAAUCCAAUACAUACAAGUGGAAAAUAUCUCGAGCCAUCGUACAGCUCACAGUUCUGCCUCGUGGAAGGGAGGGGAGGGAGGGCGACCGGAAAGAAGUGAAAGUGAAAGUAAAAACCUCCUUUCCCGACCCUCUUUUAGGGCCAGCCCGAGCGAAAGCGGAGACGAGGGAGGCCGGGUCGGGCCCGGGCUCCCGGUCCGGCCUCAGAGAGAAGGGCAGGGCAGGGCGAGGGCUGGGGUUGGAAUGUCGCCGGCGCCGAUGUUGUUGUAG